CACACGUGUCUGGGUGGAUUUUCCAAGUUGAUAAUUUCAAUACAUUUUUGGGUAUAUAAGUGCUGCUGAUUUCCGAAGCAGCUUCAGUUCAUCUCAGACUCUUCACUCUUUGCAAAAUGGACAUCAUUAAUAACCUUUUGUCAAUCUUUGUUGCCUACGGCAUUUUAGAUAGAUGGCAACGAAUUGGAUCAAAAUAUUAUUACAUUGAACGAUUGGAAGAGGUAGCUUGGUAUGAAGCACUUAGCAAAUGUCAGGCAAUUGGAGGACAUUUGCUUAGUAUCAAAAAUCAAGAAGAAUUCGACGCAAUCAAGUGCGAAUUGGAUAGGGAAAAGCAUUAUUGGAUCGACAUUAACGAUUUAACUAAGGAGGGAGAAUUCAUUUCGGGGGCAACUGGUCAAAAAGCGACGUAUUUCAAUUGGCAUCAAACUGAACCAAACAACAAGAAUGGCAAUGAGAAUUGUGUCGAGUUAUAUUACCAUAAUGACAAGCACCUAAUGAAUGAUGAUAAUUGCCAAGAGAAAGAAUUAUUUAUUUGCGAGCCGAAUGACCAAGUUUGAAUGAACAAAUUGUUUUUAAUUAAUUAAAACGUAUUUUGAUACGCACUAUUUUGUAAUGUAUUC